CCUGAACUCCAGACCUGAACUCCAGACCUGAACUCCAGACCUGAGCAGUUGGAAGAUGAGAAUUUUGAUCCUGGUCUCACUGUGUUUCUCAACAUGUCUGCUCCUGGCUGACAGCCGGCAUCCGACCUGUAACUUCAUGUUGGAGGUGGAGAGAGACCAGCUGGAGUGUGUGAAGCGGCUGACGGAGGAGGAGGAGGGCGGCGGCUCAAAAGUCGCCGGCUGCAGAGGGACGUGGGACAACAUCGCGUGUUGGGAUCGAGCGGAGAUCGGAAAGACGGUCACCAUCCCCUGUCCUCGAGUCCUCAAGACUCUCUUCGGCAGAAAUGGAAACAUCAGCAGGAACUGCUCGGCCGCCGGAUGGUCGGACGUCUUCCCAAACAUCAGCAGUGUGUGUGAGUCGGACCCGAGCCAGGACAAGCUCGUCUUCUACGUGGUGGUGCAGACGCUCUACACCCUGGGUCACAGUCUGUCUUUGAUCGCCCUCACCACAGGGAGCGCCAUCCUCUGCCUGUUCCGGAAGCUCCACUGCACCAGGAACUACAUCCACCUCAACCUCUUCUUCUCCUUCAUCCUGAGAGCCGUGGCCGUGCUGGUGAAGGACGACAUCCUCUUCAACCGAACCUCCCAGUGCUCCAGCCAGCCGUCACUGGUUGGAUGUAAAGCCAGCCUGGUAUUUUUCCAGUACUUCAUCAUGGCUAACUUCUUCUGGCUGCUGGUGGAGGGCCUGUACCUCCACACUCUGCUCAUUGUCAUCUUCUCCGAGAACAGACACUUCAUCGUCUACAUGUUCAUCGGCUGGGGAAUCCCCACCGUGUUCGUCUUUGCAUGGACGAUGGCUAGGAUUUAUCUGGAAGACACCGGAUGCUGGGAGAGGAACGACAACCCUAUACCCAACUGGGUGAUCAAUGGACCUAUUGGAUUCUCCAUCAUGGUGAAUUUCAUCCUCUUCAUCAGCAUCAUUCGGAUCUUGGUUCAGAAGCUGAGGUGUCCUGACGUGGGCGGCAACGACCAAUCACAAUACAGGAGGUUAGCCAAAUCCACCCUCCUGCUGAUCCCUCUGUUCGGGAUCCACUACGUGGUCUUCGUGUCGCUCAGUGAAUCCAUCGCAGAAGAUUAUAGAAUAUUUUUUGACCUGGCCCUCGGGUCCUUUCAGGGUCUGGUGGUGGCCAUCCUGUACUGUUUCCUCAACAGUGAGGUGCAGGGCGAGCUGAAGAGGAAGUGGAGGAGCGUGUGUCUGACCUGUCGUCCGAGCAGAGAUCACCGGAUCCCCUUCACCUCCAGGAACGGCUCCGAGCACAAGAUGCAGUUUCACCGCAACUCCCGAACCCAGUCCAUCCUGCAGUCGGAGACCUCGGUGCUGUGAGGACGGGACACCUCAACAAGUGCAGUCUGCAGGUAUCAGCUUUACAAACCUCUGUGAGGCGUCAUGGAGGCGCCGGGACUGGACCUAGAGAACCCUCGGAUGUGUUCUACACGGGCGUGCGAGUGAGCGAGUGAGAGAGAGCAGCAGUGUUUUUAGUUUGUGUCGAGAGUCGAGACAUUUAACCUGCUCUUCAUGGAGCCGUGCCCAUGAGUGAGGUAUGACAUGUGUAUAUUUUAACCUGUAUAUGUUACACGUAUGAAUUAAAUAUUUAUAAAAUAUAAAUGGUGCCAUUUAAUCCCUCAGGGACGGCACAGCUUUUGGCUUUAGGAUGGAAAACGUGUCUUUAUCAGCACUAUAAAUACACAUAUUCAUAGAGCUGAUAAAUAAACAGGGUAUUUAAAAUAAGCAUAUUUCUCAAAUGAGAACAAUAAGUCGAUAGAAACAGACUAUGUGUUUUAAUGGAAUUGAAACACUUCAGAGAGGAAACAACUAUUUCAUGCAAAGAGGGACAUGUUUGCAAUACUCUACGUUAACCAGUAACUGACCUGUAAGAAAUCAAUUCCAUCAUAAUAUCAGAUGUAAGACGAGUCCCAGUGAAUCAACAGGAAACGCAGACAGAGGAGUUAAACUCUCUCCCAUAGCUUUCAUCUGAUUCUAACCACUCUCAUGCUUUACCCAACCGUAACCACUGAGGUGUCAAAUCUGAAAACAGUUCUGAAAGACUUCUUUAUUUGAAAAUAAUGUCAAGCAAAAGAUCCAGUGGUAAAUUCCUACUUCUUUGCUGCAUCCACACAACUACUGCCUGUUCUCUUUUAAAAGGCCUCAGCCCUGUGACACAAACACCUGGUGGUCACACACUACACUACUCUGAAACGCAGAAACUUGGAAUACGUGGAUAAGUUCUGUUUUCUGUCCGGUUUGAAUCACUGGAUGAAACUACCUGGUCCACGUCAGUGAAAUCUGACAGACGUUCAGGCCUCAUUCAUCACAGCACUUGCAUGUUAAUCUUGGUAUUUGCCUUUUCUCUAAUUGUCCUUGCUGCUUGUCAUCGUGUGAUUUUCUUGGACAUUUUAAACUCCAAGAACAAAAAAGGAAAAGUCUGCUUUUUUUGUAGUGUACUUUGUUUUUCUUUUUCCUGUUGUGUCUUCAUCUUUGCCGCAAGACAAAGAAAUCUGGUGAAACUUAAGAAAAACAAAUUCAGUAUAUAUUUUUUGCGUGGUCACUUUUCCACCACACACGUCCCAUUAUUAAGAUCUUUGGAUAACAAAGGUUGAAAGCUGCUCACUGUCCUGAAGUGUUCUUGUUGAUUUGAUUUAACUUUGCGGUCAUUCCCAUUUUAUAUUAAUCAUAUUUUAAAAUUACAAAAAUGUAAUGAUUUAAAUUUAUAUAGCAGCCAGACCCCACUGUGCCUUAAAACUGAUGACAAAAUUAAAUUAAAUUUUAAGAUGUUCUAAGAAUCUAAGAAUCUGCUUGUGUUAAUCACAAGGAGCAAAAUAAGUAAAUGUUUAUAUAUUUGGCAAAAACAUUUUUUCAUUAAUUUCACAGGUGUGGUAUUUAAAUGGAGAUUAACAGGGGGCCGAGGAUUGAACCUUGGGGAACUCCACAAUUCAAAUGAGCUGUGAACUCAUGUUGUACAAUAACAACGACAGACUGAUCCAUCUGGCGUUCAUGAUCGGCUCAUGAAUUAAGAUGUUGUCAAAUAUAUGCCAACAAUGCAUUCAUAAUAAUAAGUAAUAUAAAUAAAACAAACUCGAGUGGAAAGAGGCGCUCAGCUGCUGUGCAAAUAUCAAAAUAUGAAACCCAGUCCAGCUGCAUGUCUAAAGGAAAGAGUUGCCAAAUAUCUUACAAACAAGAUGUCACCGUGUUUCUCAUUGUGCGCCUUUGUGACUAUAAGUGGUUGAGAGUGUAGAAAUCAUGUUGUCAUAUAUUAAUGUCCACUGACUUGAUGCCUGAGUAUCGUGUCUUUAUUGAACACAUGUGUUUGUAUUGAGACUCUGUGAAUGUACAUGCACAAGAUGAUUGAUAAAGGUCUUUGAAAGCAU